GACUUGAACUGUUUCCCAGAUGCUUGUUGUUGCGCAAUGCAUCUUGCCCAUAGUUGCAGACAGAUCUCAACCUGUUUAUUUCUCUCCAACAGCUCCAGUGUAGUGACGCCUCAUCUGUUGGCAAGUGGUCGCAUAUGUGCCGCAUGUGCUUGUGAAUUUCAGAGCUCGGGUUACUCUGCUGUGAAAGAAGAGCGAGCGGGACGCAAACAUGGAGGAGAGGAGGGCGACUUUUCUGGCCUGGAAAGUGCUACUGGUGGGCAUGUGUGCGUUGCUGCUCAUGAGCUCGGGGGGGUUGGUGUUCCUGCUGGUACGACAGAAGGAGCUGACGGAGGAGCUGGUGAGGUUGGACGUCCAGGUGCAGGUGCUGUCACGGAGCUGCGGGCUGCAGGCCACAGACCCCGCGGAGGCCCCGGGGCUGGAGAAGCCAAGGCGCAGCAGAAGGAACCAGGAAGGAGAACCAAGACAAAGCGAGGACGAGAAGGAUAUGAUGAUGCUGAUGACGUACUCCAUGGUUCCUGUCAAAGCCUUCAUGGAUCUGUGUAAUAGCUCCAGAGGACUUUGUUUCACAGGUCCAGCUGGACCACCAGGUUUGCCAGGUAGAGCCGGUUCUUCAGGACCUCAAGGUGCCCCGGGGCUGGAGGGGAGACGAGGAAGAAGAGGACCCCCAGGUGAAAAAGGAGAGGCGGGACUCAAAGGAGACCCCGGGCUGAAAGGCGAGACCUACAAUAACAUUUUCAUUGAGGGUCCACCCGGUCCAAGGGGUCCACCAGGUCCAUCGGGGCCACCUGGCCCACCUGGUCCAGCCUGUCCUGAUAGGAAUUGUAAUAAAGUUAAAAAGAAGACCAUUGGAGAACCUGUCCGUGACAACGUGUCGAUGGAUUUAUCUUCUUCUGUGACAAAAAACCGCAACUCAACAAUGAACAAGAAUGGUAAAUCACAAGCUCCAGUAAAUGAGAGUAAAGAUGUUUUCAAUGUUACCGCCUCCGAAGAUCCAGUCACAACUACGGACUUUACCCCACUUACUACGGAAAAAAACAGAAACACCUUCAAUCGCAGCGAAGACAUGAAGGAAAGUCCAACAAAAAGUGAGUUAGUGUCACCUCGUCCAGACUACAGACAGGACAUGUUGACUGAAACCAGUACAGAGAACGUCACAGAGGCAUCAAUCAACUUAUCAACAGUGUUACCAACAUCACAUCCAACGUAUGAGGCCCGUGAUGGUUUUCAUUUGACUGACUCUGAGAAACUGCAAGAGGAACCUGAGUCAUUUCAUAAAGACUACAGCCAUGACAACCUGAACAACACAGUGAAUGUUACAUAUGGACCAAUACAAUUAUUAACCGAUCAAUUUCCUGUUGACGAAAACAGUGAUUCCUUCAAUACCAGUGGAACUAUUAUUGAUGCACUCAGGAAAAAUGAGUCAGAAUCGUUUCAUCAAGAAGACUACAGCGAUAUCUUGAAAGACACCGAGAGAGAAAAUGUUACAAAGGGACCAAUUCAGCAAAUAACAGUUCCUUUCUCUGUGGACCAAAUCAUUGAUUCAUUCAAUAACAGUGGAACCACUGCUGCACCCAUGAAGCGUGAUUCACCAACUACUCGUCCAACUGACAACAGCAGAGACGUUACUGACUCUGAGCGACUUGUAAACACAAGCACAGCUGCUGAGUGGUUGUUUCCUCAAGGCGACGACAAUGACAUCUUGAGUGAUACCGAGAGAGAAAAUGUUACACAGGCACAAACAACGACAGCUCUACUUUCCGCUGACCAAAACAAUGCUACAGAGGCACCACUUCAAUUAUUAACAGCGCCACUCGCUGUGGAUAUGGAGAGGGACCCCUUCAACAUAAGUGGAAAUUUGAUCAAAACAACCAAGAAACGUGAAUGCAACCUCAGAACUAUUAAAUGUCCGAAGGACGCCAUCCAAAUGCAAAGCACUUUUGGAGCCUGGAUGUCCGAAGCGUCCCAACUGGAUGAAGGUCGAUUCUGGCUCGCCGAUCAUUUUUCAGGUCGGGUUUUGGUGGAGCACAGAAACAAUUCAACAUUUCAUAAUGCAAGCGACAAAAUGAUUGACCUCAGAAGGUUCUUCCAGGGCUGUGGUCAUGUUGUUUACAAGCAGUCGUUUUACUUUCACAACGCAGGGACGAACCGACUCUUGAAAUUUGACCUGAAAACCGAGGAAACAAAGACUCUGAUGAUGGCAAACAGCAGAUACCACAAACUGAUUUAUCUUUUCCGCAACUCCAAGACGUAUUUCAAGUUUGCUGUGGAUGAAAAUGGAUUGUGGGUCAUUUUUGCAUCCGAUACAAAUGAUGAUACGAUGGUUGCAAAGAUUAACACUGACAGGUUCUCUGUUGAGUCCGUCAUUAACACUCGCUACCCUACAAAUAAAGCAGGAAAUGCUUUCAUUGUGUGUGGGGUCCUAUAUUUUACAGAUGACAAAGAUAGAGAAGUUACAUAUGCUUUUGAUUUAAAGAAGGAGAGUCCUAUAAAUGCAAGUUUUGACUUAAGGCCAGCCAAUGGCAUCUUGGCUAUGCUGUCCUAUUAUCCCAAAGGAAAGCUUCUGUAUAUGUGGGACAACAGCAGCGUGACAAUAUGCAAAGUUAGGCUGAAACUAAUCUAGAAAUAAUCAUGAAUCUUGUCAAAUUAGCAAUAAAGUUAUUUUUAAAUGCUC